UCUAUUGCUCGACAGCCAUCUUGUGUUGUGUGUUUUCUUUUAGCACAUGAUGUGGGGGCUUGCUCUAUGUUGUGUUAGUGUCCUUGGACUGACCUAUGUCCACUCAGUUGAAAUAGUGGACGUAGUUGACGAUUUCGCUAAAACAGAAUGCCAGGGAACUCACGUUGGCUUUGGUUUUUCUGGUGGACACGAGUUCCAUUACGAGGCUCUAAAACGAAGAUACAAGGACUGUACAUAUGUGGAGGGUAACUUGGAAAUCACUAAUCUUGUCAACUCGGCCAAUAUAACCUAUGACCUCAGUUUCCUGUCCCAAAUCGAGGUCGUGACGGGAUAUGUUCUCAUUGGUCUACUGGACGUGGAGAACAUCCCACUGACGAGUCUCAAGCUAAUCAGAGCGGACAACACAUAUAACAUCAUGGGGGAGGAGUAUGGCCUCGUUCUGGCGUUGACCGCAGAGGCUGAAGGGAAAGAGUUUCAAAAAGAAAAUACUACUGAUGGAGUGGAGACAGAAAUAUACAGACAUGGACUUGUUGAACUUCAGCUUCCAUCACUGAAAGAAAUAUCAAAAGGAAAAGUCUUGUUCUACAAAAAUCCGAUGUUGUGUUUCGUUAACACAGUCAACUGGCACGUGAUUGUCCCUGGGCGGGAGGAUCCUGUCAAUUAUGGCGAUGACGCAUACAGAUUCGAUUGUCCACUGGAGUGUGAUCCCGCAUGUCAAGUUGGGGACGAAUUUGCUCACUGCUGGGGCCGAAACCCUCUUAUGUGUCAGCGGCACGAGGCGCCGGUAUGGUGUCACCCAGAUUGUCCGGGACGUUGUUAUGACGGUUACAUCCUGGGUUGCUGCCAUCCAGAGUGUGCGAUUGGCUGUUACGGUCCACGUGAUACGGAUUGUGUGCUGUGUAAAUACUUCAAACAUGAAGGGAGAUGCAUCUCCUCCUGUCCGGCUGGUAUAUCAUACAGAAAAGGACAGGAAUGUAUCCGCCUGUAAAACCGACUACAGAUUUGGAACUUUGAAUCUUGAAUAAGACGUUGUGACAUAUUUUCAUGAUAUACAUGUAUUUUUAAAUAAUUAAUUCUAAGGAUCGAUAUUAAUUUUUUUCAGAACUUAUUGAGGAUGUAUGGUAUUGUAUGAUGUAAAUAUUUUGUAUAAAAUUAUUUUCACGUCAGUUUGAAUAACGAUUAGCCAAAAGGCUGGUUCUAGACGUAUGAAUGAGUCAUAAAUUGUUUGUUGUAUGAAAAUAUUAUCUUGAAAAUGACCCUGUCGUGUUUAAUUAAUGCAAUUGAUAUUGAUAUGUGGGAGUUUCCUUACUAAAUGUUACUGUUUAUGUUAAUAUAAUGUUAAAUGUGGGCGUAUCUCGUAUAUAUAUAUAUAUAUAUACCAUUAUCACAGUAUAAUGUUAGAGGAACACUUUAAGAUAUUUUAUAAAAUGUCCAGUUCAUUAUCGGUUUAAUGAUCUUGUUUGGAGAGAGAAAGAGAGAGAGAGAAUGAGAGAGUGUUGUGUGUGUGUGUGGGGGGGGAUUUUCUAAAAUUUAACUUUUGUCCUGGUGAUGAUUUUUUGAAACGUAAGAUGGCAGAAAGUAAUUUGAUAGCAAACACACAAGAUAUCGCCGCACUUCGUUUACCUCUUAAUAUAUGUCAUGUGAAAUAUGUAUUUUGUUUAUUUUUCAUCAUUUUUUUCGUGAAUCAUGAUAAUUCUUGAUUAUACUGGAAGCGGCUUUUGUAUCCAGCAAUGCAGCAGAAUGGUGCUGGUAUAAUAAGAAAAAACAACCAAAAAUUCUAAUUUUCAAUUGAUGUGGCGGUCGCGAAAUUCCAUAGCAACCGAGAGAUGUAUUUGUUGAAAAAUUGCUUGAAUUCUUUUUUUAUUUGAAAAAAGUUCUAAAAUUAAACUUUUUUUAAAAGACAUUUUACUUUCAUAGAUGCUGUGGAAGAGUUUUCAUAAAAGGAGGUCGAUGUGCUUAUCAUUAUUUCUUACGAAACAGACAAAAACCUUAACAUUUGGGUCCAAACCAAGUCAGCAAUCAUGUCUUACAAGUCUUUAAUUUCCGGUUUUAAUUUAUGUAAAAGAAACACGUUGAAAUUAUUGACACUAUAAACCGAAUCACGACGUCAACUUCGCCGUCACAAAAUGUAGUCCACAGGACAAAAUCUACAUUACGUCAUAUUAUUCCUCCCACUUCUGGCAAAAAUGAGAUACAACUCUUGGUUACAAAAUAUAUCAAAACACAAAAUUUUAUGAUUUUACGUUGGAGUUAAUUUUAAAUUAUAUUGGAUAAUACUAUACUUACUGUCAACCGUGGGUUUCAUACAUUUUUAACUAAUCAUCAGAGAACAGGUUUUCGCCAUUCAGAGACGAGGUAGGAUUUUCAGUUAUUCUAAAUAUGCAUAUAUAUGUUACGCAUGACUGCAGUUUGCAUAUUGCAUAGAGCGAAAUAAUUAAUUCAAUUUUUAUUCAGAAUAAUGUUUCUUAUCAAUGUAACAUUAGCUCUUUAAAGCUAUGUUUUCACUGAAUCAACCAGCUAGGUAUCUUGGAAAUCUGAAUCACUGAAACGAACAUGGAAUACAGAUAAUUUUCUCGUUAGGUUAUUGAAGUAUCCUUGAAAGAGGCCUGAAGCGUAUGUAAAUCCCACGUGACAGAAUAAAUAUUGAAAAUAUAUUCAUGUUGAAAGAGGUUUAAAGUUGUUUGAUCAGGAAAUUGUGAUGAUGUAAAUGUAAAUAUUGUCAUUAUUUUUCUAUAUAUAUAUGUACUUGUUUAUGUUGCAUUCUUUGAUAUUAAAAACACCUAGAUGUUUAGAAAACAAGAUUACAAAAGAUCCUGAUUCUACUAUGUAACUAUUUGUGCCAGUUAGUUGAUAAAUGGGUUUCUUUGACCAACGAACUACAUUGUAUCUAUCUCACCUUUAGUUUAUUAUUUGUUAUGAUUGUCGAUUUAUUUAAUAAAACAUAAUAUAUGGC